AAACUCUGUGCACAAAGUGGCAGCAUUGACGUGGUAAACAUCAAUCAACGCAUGCCGGUUUUUCGCAAGUGCGUUAAGUCAAGCUUGUAGAACUUUAGCGUAUUUCUAGCCAGUUUUAAAACAUGAAGAUCACUGCCGCCGAGCUUGUUACCAACACCGUCGACCUCGAUCCAAAUCGGAACCUUUCAGUAAAAGGAACCACAAGGGUUGUCAAGUUUUGCCACUGCAAGUGGAACUCUUCUCUGCUGGCUGUCGGUACCGCGUCGUCCGUGACUGUUUUCGACGUCAAGCUGCCGCCUAAAGAGAGUGAGCUGAAACAAGUGGAAGUGAAAAAGCUGCGCGAGUUCAGACACGAUGCCCCCCUCCAAGACAUUUCCUGGAGCCCCAACAUGUCUCUCGUGUUGGAUCCGGUCUGGAUCAGGUUCGCAACGGCGAGCUUGGACAACGAGGUGCGGAUCUUCUUCUCCAACCUGCAAACAGAUGAUGUUCAGGUUCUGUCCGGCCAUCGAGGUGCUGUGAAUGCGGUGGCCUUUGAGCCGCAGUCGGGCGAGGCGCUGGCCAGUGUCGGAGACGACAACAGCUGCCGUAUCUGGGGUCUGGACGGCACACAGCAGGCACGCAUCGCCCUGCGGUCAGCUGGCACCGCGGUUGUCUGGCAUCACCAAGAGCUGGGAAAGCUCCUAGUGGCCGAGAAGCGUGGCACUCUGCGGCUCUACAACGCAAUGACGGGGCAGCCUCUCAUGUCCGUGGAUUCCGGACAACCGGGUAUCCUCCUGGCGGCCGACUGGAGCAUUGGCAACACCCAGCUCUUAAUUGCCGGCAUCGGCAACCACUGCUACGUGUGGGAGACGUCUCGAUCAAGCCUUCCCAUAGAUCGCAAGCCGUUCCAUAGCAGUGGCGUGACCGAGCUGGCCUUCUCGGCUCUCCACGACGAGGUGUGCGCCAGUCGGGGACAACCAGGCAAUUCAGUGAAGGUGUUCAAUUUCAAGACGAGCCAGGUACUUCUAGACGUGUCACUCAAGGUCGGGCGUGGCCUUUCAUGGUACUUGGGAGAACCUGUGCUGGCUUUUGGCGGUGACGGCAGGGUGCACCUUUUCCAGGUCCUCUCUUCCUAGGAGGCUUUUCCCAUUCUUCACCAGGGGUCUUCAGCACAACUCUCUCUUCUUCAUCUUGUACAUAAUAAUUGCAAUUGUUCUGUGGUUAAUUUUAUUAAAAAAAACAUGUCGUCUUUCUUGA